CCACCCGUUCCAGCACCAGUAGCUGAUUCUCCUCCAGCUCCGGUAGCUGCUCCAGUGGCUGAUUCUCCUCCGGCUCCAGUAGCUGCUCCAGUAGCUGCUGAUGUACCGGCUCCUGCUCCAAGCAAGCACAAGAAGGCUGCCAAGAAGUCUAAAAAGCACCAAAACGCACCUGCUCCGGCUCCAGAACUUCUCGGUCCUCCUGCACCACCCGCGGAAGCUCCCGGACCUAACUCCGACGCAUUUUCUCCCGGUCCUUCCACGUCUGCCGACGAUCAGAGCGGAGCA